GUGGAAUUUGGCUCAAAGAUAAUAAACGUUGGUGGUAAAUAUGUCAAGUUACAGAUAUGGGAUACAGCAGGCCAAGAACGAUUCAGGUCUGUGACGAGAAGCUACUACCGAGGAGCAGCCGGCGCCCUCCUGGUCUAUGACAUCACCAGAUGCCAGAAUGCUAGCGAGUCAGAACAUCGUGAUCAUCCUCUGCGGGAACAAGAAGGACCUGGAUGCUGACCGGGAAGUCACUUUCCUAGAAGCCUCCAGGUUUGCUCAAGAAAAUGAACUGAUGUUUUUGGAAACAAGCGCACUAACAGGGGAGAAUGUAGAAGAAGCCUUUGUACAAUGUGCAAGAAAAAUACUUAACAAAAUUGAAUCAGGUGAGCUGGACCCAGAGAGGAUGGGCUCAGGCAUUCAGUACGGAGAUGCAGCACUGCGACAGCUCCGGUCACCGCGGCGCUCCCAGGCCCCCAGCGCUCAGGAGUGCGGCUGUUAGAGCAGCGGGAGACACAGGUUCAUACAAUGGUAUUUGAGACACAAUGGUUGGAACUUGAAGAACCUGAAGUUUUUUAUCACCAUCUUUUUCUACUUUAUACAGAAGUAGAUCUUUGUGCAAAAAAAAGGAAAAAAUAGCCUGGGUUGUUAUACGAAUUAGUAGAUAUGGCACAGCAAACCAUAUAAUAAAUCUAAUCAGUGGGCAGCCACACUAGAUGUACACAUGUAUGUAAACACUUCUGUUCCAUAUUUUCCCUCUCCUCCUCGGUUGAACUCCUGGCUCUGCGCUGUACAUAUUCCAGCCCAGGUCUCUGCAGCAUGGUAUCUGAUGUUUGAUCAAUGGAACUUGCACUAAACGCACUCUGAUUUUUUUUUUUUUUAAUCAUGUGAACCAAGACUUGUUCAUUGUGAGGUGUGCUCUGCUCAUCAACGUUGCUUACAAGGCCAGUCAGUUCUAUUUAUGACUGAGGCUCAGAGACACUGGCAUCCAAGCCAGGGCAGUACAACUGAGCUCUGCUUCCCACCGUCCACAAGGCGUUGACAUGAGCCACGCUUGAAGUAGUAGAUCAGUAGGUAACUCACAAAGCAAAAUAAAAUGAAAAAUUGAGUCUUUCCACGAACAUUACACUGUCCAGCACUCUGUUGAUUUUAAAGCAUCUCUGUCCAGAUCCAUCAGGAAGUGUAGGCAGGGCGCCUGCUCUGUUUGAGACACUAAGGAUUCCGCACUUUAACCAAACUUAGUCUGCAACGGAUUCUACCCUCAACUGUCAGUCAGUGCAAUAGACCAAGUCGCUUGGGGUUACUCGUCUGUUCCCAGUUUGCUGACCUGGUCUCCCUGCUACAAAAACAUGUUGUUUACGACUGUGCUUUUCUGGGUUUCAACAUUACAGUAUCACUGCCUCUUUUUAAGUCUUUGUGUUUUGUGUUUAUCUGAAGGAAACCUACUAAAUCAAGUUCAUAUUAAAGGGAUACCAUUCCUUAGGCAAUUUCUGUAGUGCUUUUGCCAAAUACUUACAUGCCUUACCACAAUUAUCAAGUUGACAUAUUUUUACUUCCCAUAAGGUAUGUUGAAAUAUAAUAUAUAUUGUAUUACAAAGAUGUGUUCUAAUAUUUUACAAUGUUAAUGCAAAAAAUAGGUGUAGAGUUUUUUCCUUAAGGUUGAAAUACAGCAUUUAAGACUGCAAGGUCAGAAAGGCCAUCUGAUCUAUAAGCGCUAGCACUGUGACUUGUCAACUGAGACUGACUGGCACAUUUCAUCACUGUUGAGUUAGUUAGAAGUUCCUACUGCUUUUUGUUGUUUUAUUUUCAUCAACAGCAAAAACUCUGGGAAGUAAUUUUAAAAACAUACAGAUAUCAGUACAUAUCUUUUUAGCUCUUUUAAUUUUGCUUUUAUAAUGCCUUAUUUUCUUUUAAGAAAUCCUAAUAUGAAGCAAAUACCCAACCUAAACUACUUCUUGGGCCUUGCUGGAAGAAUUGUUUCAUUUACUGUUUCCUUUAUGAUACUUCUGCAAGCUGCUCAUUUGUGAGCAGUUUCUUGCCUGGGCUAGGAAUAUGUCCAUGUGACAUCGGUUUGUUCAAAAGCAAGAAAUUUAAAAAGAAGCAAAUUGUCAACUUGGCUUAUAAGUGAAACUGUUCAUUAAACCGCAGGUAUACCGUCCCUGCCUUUGGCUGGUAAAAGUUGCUAGAGAACCGGGGACAGUGGUUCUUAAUAAAAGGCCUUUAGGGAAAAAAAUGAAGAGGGGAGCUGAUUUGGUAUUAGGAAAUUCAAAGGGUUUAGGAACUUGGGGAAGAAACCAAAUAUAUUUCUUAUUCCAAGGUUAAUCUAGGGAAAAGCAUCAUACAUACGUUGCCCACAAUUUAAGUCUUCUUGAUGCUCUUACUUUACAUUUCUAGAAAAGUAUUUCUUCAGUCUUCUUAGAAAGAUUCUAAACUCCACUUAGACUUGAGACUGUAAUUUAUUUUUUUCUAAUCCAGGAUUUACAAGAAAAUAAGAACAUCAGGAUUUAGGGAUCCUUAAUGAUUUUAUUGAAAACUCAAUAUCUGUGAGUGAAGUAAGAAUUUUUGAGGAAUCUUUCAGAACAUUGAUCCCUAGCCAGUGAGCAUUCUCCAAUGCUCAAAUCAGAACCUUAAAUGAUUUGCUGUUCAUACUGUGACACCAUAGGUAGGUCUUCAUUCCAUCAAAUUCACUUCUUUCUUUGAAAGGGAAAUUAGACUUUAAAACACCUGUAAGUUUUUAAUCAUGUUUUGUACCAGUUGUAAAGUGAGUCUUACUUUCUGUUCAUGUACCUAUGCCUACCUGUCAAUUUACAGACCACUUGGGCUGGUUUCCCAUUUUGCUUGGCACUCCCAAUUGGGCUAGCUUCUUUGAUGACCUGUUUCUAGAAUUUUAGAGGAGUUGAUCUGAGAACACUCAGCCUGCCAGUUACAAAAAGACAGUGACUGAGUAAACUUACCCAUCACCCUCUGACUUUUACUGCUUACUGCUAGAAAAUACUGGAAGCAGAGUUUUUGUUUUUGUUUUGUUUUGUUUCUUUUAAAAUAGCAUUGAUAGGCUUUUCAGGUUCUUAUUAAGGAAGUUUUCAAACAUGCACAAGUAUGGAGAAAACCACCCAGCAAGCCACAGUAAGAUCCAGCUUCAAAAAUCAUCCACAUUGAGCCAAUCUUGUUUUAUCUACAUUUACCCACUUCUUUUAUGCUGUAGUAUUUUAAAACAUCCAAAGCAUCUGUCAUGUCACCCAAAAAUAGUCCAGUGUUCAUCUCUUUAAUUUUUAUAAUCACUGUCUCUGGAAAUUUCUUAAAUACAAGGCCAGGAAUGGUUAUGCUUUUUCUUAUCUUGCAAUUAUAAAAGGUUGAUUUUCUAAAACAUUGAAAAAGCAGACUGUACAUCAUUCAUACAGUGUUCCUGUGGUUAUUUCCUGGCACGCAGCCAUUUGGACCAGAACCGCUAUCCGCUGGCGGAGAGGGAGUCAGACCCCCAGCAGGGCCGGCCUGUCCUCACCCGCCAGCACAGGCAUCUGCAGAGAUCCCGCCGCAGGGGCUGACUGUUCAGUUUCAGUUUCGCCACAGCCAGCCUUCCAUGAAGUAGACCAAAUCCGAACCCUCUCAGCCUGCGUACAUGCCAUUACGAAGAAUGUAUUUGACUUUGACGCAUGCAUUUCGUCACACUUGGAUGCACGCUCACCAAGUAGGCGUGAUGGAGCCACAUCACUCGCAGUCAGAGGACGGUCCUUCGCCUUCUGCGGGAGCCGAAGCAGAAAUAGACAAACGUCCCGGACACCUCCUCUCUCUGACUUGUGAAUGUGGCGUGUAAAUUUCCUUUUGAAGAAGACCAGAAUUAAGGGAAACAAACUUGCUAAAUUUCGGAAUAUUUCAUAUUCCAAAAUAUCCUGGAAAUAAUUCUGAUCACUAAAUGUUUAAGGACCGAC